AUGGCUUCUGCAGCCCCUGGCUGGUCAAGGGAGCAGCUGCUGAGCCCCCGAGGCGGGGGCACCCUCUUGCUGAGGCUCCUCUCCUGCCAAACUCGGCUUGCAUUCGAGAUCCCCCACCAAACAUCGGUCCCCACGAUUUCUCUGAAGCCCACGAGAGAUCUGGCGCCCUGGGGCGGGGGUGCCCGCAGAGUGAGUGUGCUGGAUCCAGUGUUCCUGGCUCAGCGGAGGGUUUCUCUAGCCAGACAGCAGGUGAAGGAAGGCGAACAGGCUACAGCCAAGGAAGCUGGCCCAGGCAGAUUCCUGCCAGUAAUCCAGCAGAAUUCCAAGGAGGACCUGACGCAGGCCAGACCUCCAGGCUGCCCAGACUUGCAGCUCCCUGCAUGUGCCGCGCAGCCCUCAGGAAUGGGAACGGGCUCCCUCCGCGCGGAGAGGGCAGGGAAACGGCACCAGGUGCUGAUGGCAUCCAGGCGCAAAGAGGUGGAAGCGGAAGUGUGGCACCAAUACCAUGCCAAGAGAGCGGGGCAGCACAUGGAGCGAGGCCAGACCUCCUGCCGCCACCUGUUCGAGGAUCCCUAUCGCCCUCCCCACCUCCUGAGAAAGGCCUACGCCGAGAAGCUGAAGGAGAGGCUACAGGAGAAGGAGAGCUGCCAGAGGCCUGCGAGGCAGAUGGCGUCCGAGGGGGCGGGCAGGGCUGCACCCCCCGCAGACAGCGUGGGAAGUGGAAAGCAGCAGCUGAACAGGGUCCUGUUAAAGACAGGUGAGCUCAGGGGCCUGUUGCCCACUGUGACCAACACCUCACCCCUGGGAAAAAUGGCGGUGGAGAUCGGAAUUGGGACAUUUGCAAUUGUCCCGGUGCAUGCCACGGUGGGAGAGGACGAGGUUUUGCCUGUUGAGAGACCUGUGUUCCAGCUGAGCAGGUUUCUGAAGAAAUUCUACAGCCUCAAGCACGCAAAGACCCAAAUUCCUGACAAGACCCAGUUUGUUCAGCUGGACUUUAAGCAGAUUGCUGCAGAAACCCACUUCCGCCCGGAAAUCGUGGAGCAGUGCGUACACGAGACCCUGCUUCUCUUCGCCGAGGCCCUCCAAGAAAACAAGGAGGUGGAACUCUCCUUCAAGGGCAUCGGCAUCCUUGCUGUGCGAAAAAAAGUGGUCAGCAUGACCUUCUUGGACGAGUGCCUGCUGGAGCUGGAUGGGACAGGGAACAUGCUGGCAGCUCUUCUCGGGGACCCUAAGAUGAUGAGGAUCGUGGCCUUCGCGGGCAAAAACGAUUUUAGUCGUCGCAGUCGAGACACGGUCAUCACGCUGCCAAGGCUUGCAUUUGAGAUCCCCCACCAAACAUCGGUCCCCACGAUUUCUCUGAAGCCCACGAGAGAUCUGGCGCCCUGGGGCGGGGGUGCCCGCAGAGUGAGUGUGCUGGAUCCAGUGUUCCUGGCUCAGCGGAGGGUUUCUCUAGCCAGACAGCAGGUGAAGGAAGGCGAACAGGCUACAGCCAAGGAAGCUGGCCCAGGCAGAUUCCUGCCAGUAAUCCAGCAGAAUUCCAAGGAGGACCUGACGCAGGCCAGACCUCCAGGCUGCCCAGACUUGCAGCUCCCUGCAUGUGCCGCGCAGCCCUCAGGAAUGGGAACGGGCUCCCUCCGCGCGGAGAGGGCAGGGAAACGGCACCAGGUGCUGAUGGCAUCCAGGCGCAAAGAGGUGGAAGCGGAAGUGUGGCACCAAUACCAUGCCAAGAGAGCGGGGCAGCACAUGGAGCGAGGCCAGACCUCCUGCCGCCACCUGUUCGAGGAUCCCUAUCGCCCUCCCCACCUCCUGAGAAAGGCCUACGCCGAGAAGCUGAAGGAGAGGCUACAGGAGAAGGAGAGCUGCCAGAGGCCUGCGAGGCAGAUGGCGUCCGAGGGGCGGGCAGGCUGCACCCCCCGCAGACAGCGUGGGAAGUACUGGUUGGGGCACGAGGGCCCACGAGACGCCACCCGGAGCAGCGGGCUGGGCUCGGCCGCUCCUCUGAGAGCUACGGGCCUGAGCCCGGCGCUGGGGCGCUGGGGCGCUGGGGGCCCUUCUCCCCGGCCACAGAGCUGA